AUGGGAGUAAAGGAGACACUUCCUACUUGUGACAAAGUGAUAGUUGAAGAGUUGGAUCCAAAAUGUGUUUACUGCAAAACAGAAUUAGAGAAUUCGGACCACCUGUUCUUCAAAUGCGAGUUUUCCGCUGAGGUUUGGAAAGGUAUCAGGAGAUGGAUGGGCCUUAGAAGGGAAAUGACCACAAUCAAAGCUACAGUGAAAUGGCUUUUCAAGGAAGAUAAAGGAAAGAGUCUUCAAUCAGUGGGAAGGAGGACUAGAUUGGCUGCCUCGUGGUGGAACAAGGAAGCUAGAAGGAGGAGCUCUGGCCUGGGGGCUAUGCAGCAGCUCCAGGAGGUUCACGGCGAUGCUGCAGAGGAGUGA